CCCGGCCCGGUACGUGCUUGCAAGAUGAAGAGGCAGUGGAGCCAUCCGUCGGUCGUGCUCCCGCUGCUCGCCGCCGUCUUCCUGCUCCUCACGUUCCGGUGCUCCCUGCGCCACGCGCAGCAGCAGGCGUCUAGCCUCCGCGCCGACGACGCGGGAACAAGCACAAGCUACGCCGUCGACGCCACGCUCGCGGAGCUCGCGGCCGUGGACCCGGCCGCGUCGGCGGUGCUGCGGGCCGCCGAGGCGCUGCUGGAGGCCAACCUGACGAGGGCUCCCCCGGAGCGCCGGAACGCCGCGGUGCGCGGCCUCCGCGACUGGCUCGGCAAGCAGCGGUUCGAGCCGCAGGUGAUGGCCGAGCUCGUGGACCUCAUCAAGCGCCCCAUGGACCGGUACGCCGCCGGGGCGAGGGGCGGCGACGGCGACGGCGACGCCCCCCGGCCGUACGCGUCGUGCGCCGUGGUCGGCAACAGCGGCGUCCUGCUGGCGCGGGAGCACGGCGCGCUCAUCGACGCCCACGACCUGGUGAUCCGGCUCAACAACGCGCCCGCGGGCGACGGCAGGUACGCGCGGCACGUGGGCACCAAGACCGGCCUCGCGUUCGUCAACAGCAACGUGCUGAGCCGGUGCGCGGCGCGCGCGACCCCCGGCUGCCGGCGCUGCCGCACCUACGGCGACCGCGUGCCCAUCCUCACCUACAUGUGCAGCGCCGCGCACUUCGUGGAGCACGCGGUGUGCGCCGGCGGCGGCGGCGGCCCCGACGCCGCGGCGCCGGUCAUCGUGACGGACCCGCGCCUGGACGCGCUGUGCGCGCGCCUCGUCAAGUACUACUCGCUGCGCCGGUUCGUGCGCGACACGGGCCGCCCCGCGGAGGAGUGGGGGACGCGGCACGAGGAGGCCAUGUUCCACUACUCGUCGGGGAUGCAGGCCGUGGUGGCCGCCGCCGGCGUGUGCGCCCGGGUGUCCGUGUUCGGCUUCGGCAAGGCCCCCGGCGCGCGGCACCAUUACCACACGCUGCAGCGGGGCGAGCUGGACCUGCACGACUACGAGGCCGAGUACGAGUUCUACCGGGACCUCCAGGAGCGGCCGGGGGCGAUACCGUUCCUGCGGGACUCCGGCUUCAGGCUGCCGCCGGUCGUCGUCUACCGCUGACCGUCCAUU